AUGAUCCGCAGCCAAAGCAUCUCCAGCUUUACAGAGAGGAAAAAGCCUAACUUUUUUACCGCCCUUAGAACAAGGAAGCUGUCUAAGGAUCUCAAUGGGGUGUUAAGAGCUCGUCCUCUCAGCCAGCUGUCUCUGCUGCUGAACUUGAACAUCUCCUCUGCAUCCAAACGCCAUUCGGUGCUUCUUCUGCCAACCGAAGACAAAGAGAACCAGGUGCCCCAGUUGAGAAAACACUCGAGCGCCUCUAAAUUGAGAGACUCCAAAAGGAAUUCUGCCUCACUCAGAUCAAUGAUCUCUAGCCCUCUAGAAAAGGCUCCCUUGAGCCCUCCUUCUGACAUUGCCUCAGUAGACACUGACGUGCUGGACCAUGUGUCGCCCUAUACCCCACAAGCUGCUGCAAAUGUAGCAUUGGACCACAUUGAAUUUGGUUCGACUUUCAAUCACGAGCUGAUAGAUUGGGACGAAGAGCCAUGUAGCCCUUCCAAGCUACAUCGCACUACGAACAUGAACAAUAUCAACGAUUUUAUCAAAUCCAUGGAUACGCUGCUCUUGCCAUUAUGUAACCGUGCCAGUCUUGAAUUUGAAGCUCACGAAAUUGGAGUGUUGCAGGAGAAGCUCCAACUGAAAGAGCUGGAGUUAAAAUUGGUGGAGAACGCUAUGUUUUUGCAAUUCUUUGAAAAAGAGGCCCGCAAGGAGAACCAGAUGAAUGUUAGGUUUUGGGACGAUGUUGAUAUGACAGGCGCGAUCAAGGACGAGGAUUAUGGUGAGGAAGACGACUUCCAUUUGUAUUUAUAG